AUGAAUUUGAAGAGAGCCCUAAGUACGCUCACCAAAGUGAAGGUCAAAACUCCUAUUGUAGAACUGGAUGGAGAUGAAAUGACCCGCAUAAUCUGGGAUCGUAUCAAGUCGCGUUUGAUCUUACCAUACGUCGAUGUAGACUUGAAGUACUUCGACCUAAGCAUAACGUCUCGUGAUAAGACAGAUGAUAGAGUGACCCACGAUGCUGCAAAUGCCAUCAAACAGUAUGGCGUGGGGAUCAAAUGUGCGACAAUAACUCCUGAUGAGGCGCGAGUCGAAGAGUUUGGUCUUAAAAAGAUGUGGAAAUCGCCUAAUGGAACAAUCCGCAAUAUUCUCGGAGGAACAGUGUUUCGCGAACCCAUUGUGAUUCCCAGAAUUCCGCGUUUGGUGCCCGGGUGGGAGAAACCUAUUAUAAUUGGCAGACACGCUCAUGGGGAUCAAUACAAAGCCACUGAUUAUGUCGUACCUGAAGCGGGUAAGUUGGAACUUGUAUAUCGUCCGGCAGAUGGUUCGAGGCCGAAGACAAUGGAGGUGUACGAUUUCAAGGGUCCCGGUGUAGCACUUGCCAUGUACAACACAGAUGACUCCAUUCGCGGAUUUGCGCAUGCUUCUUUCAAGCUUGCCAUUUCGAAGAAAUUGAACCUCUUUCUGUCUACCAAGAACACCAUUUUAAAGAAAUACGAUGGCCGCUUCAAAGACAUUUUCCAAGAGGUGUACGAAAAGAAAUAUCGCCAACAGUUUGAAGAAAGCGGUAUCUACUACGAGCACAGACUCAUCGAUGAUAUGGUUGCACAGAUGGUCAAAUCAAAGGGUGGGUUCAUUAUGGCUCUCAAGAAUUACGAUGGAGAUGUCCAAUCUGACAUUGUAGCUCAGGGCUUUGGCUCUCUGGGGCUUAUGACUUCAGUGUUGGUCACUCCUGAUGGGAAGACCUUUGAAAGCGAGGCCGCCCACGGAACCGUGACAAGACACUUCAGACAGCAUCAACAAGGAAAAGAAACUUCGACCAAUUCAAUCGCGUCUAUAUUCGCAUGGACCAGGGGUCUUUCCAAACGUGGUGAGUUGGAUUCUACUCCAGACGUUGUGAAGUUCUCCCAAAUGCUUGAAUCCGCCACGAUUGGGACCGUCCAAGAGGAUGGAAUUAUGACUAAAGAUCUUGCACUUGCUUGCGGGAAACAGGACCGCUCUGCCUACGUUACUACGAACGAAUUCUUGGAAGCAGUUGAAAGACGGCUUAAGCAGCAACUGCAGACAGUUGACUAA